AUGCAAUACGCCUCGAAAGUCAAUUUAACCCACCCACUUCUUUCGCCUCCAUACUUCGUCUCCAAUACUACAGCUACCCAUGGAACUUCGUCUUCGCAUGGUUAUGGACUUCGCCUCCGCUAUUGGCUACAGCUACCCAUGGAACUUCGUCUUCGCAUGGUUAUGGACUUCGCCUCCGCUGUAGUUGGUUGCAUUGGCAAUAAUGUUCAAGAAAGACUCAAACGAGAUUAUAGACUCCAUGAACAACCGAGUGUUGAAGAAGAACCAUCAGCAAUACUAACGAAAAGGACGAAAUUAGAUGAAAAAUUUAACGCAACGAAGUCUUCCUCUGAGCUUCUUCCCUCUACGAACGUACAAUAUACAUCCACUAUUCCCAAUUCUAAUGAUGUGAAAACUAAAGAGCUUGAGGCCGAUGAAGAAAUUAAAUUUGAUAUAAUGAACGUUUCAAUGGAACUAAAUCGUGAACCAACAGUUAAAAGCGUUGUCAUCAAUUAUGGUGCUCUGUUGGUCAUGUCCGUACCCCAUCUAGUAAACAAUUGGUUGGCGGAGAUCAUGGAUUACGGAAACGCGGGGUUGAAUAGGAUGAUUGCACUCAUGUUUAACGACCUAUAUUAUAAUAUCCCAGAGGUUGCUCCGUCGAAGUUGUCCGAGGAAGAACACUGUGAUAUGUUCAUUUAUCCCCUUACUCGUUUGUUUCGUGGAUCCGAAAAAGAAUAUGAACUUAGACUAAAUCGUGCCAAUGCAGGUUCAAAGACGAGACCGGAUCUUUCUUGUAUAGUGAAUGAUGUACUAAUCUUAAAUUCAGAGUUUAAGCCACAGUACGAUGGGUUGUACCGCUCCUGGCCAUUUCUCACCACCAAACUAGUGAUCGACAAGGCUACAAUCCCAUUAGCAGAGUUCGCAAUCAGCCAUUUUGUGGCUUUGGAGGAACGUGUUGAAAAGAUUGCGAAAGACUUCAAAUAUCGGAGUAGUCAAUUCACUCCACCUGCACAGAUGUCCUUUGUGCGCAAACUUCCAGACUCUCCGCAAGUAAAGAUGUUAUUGCAAUAA